UAAGUAGUAAGAUACUUACUCCAACUAAGUGAACAUUAUUUUUAACAAAAAUGCAGCGAAUUUUAGCAAAUCGUCAAUUAACGGCAACGUUAUUUGUUGCAUGUCGUGAUCAAUUACCUGGAGCUAAUUUUCAAAAUAUUUUAAAUGUAGCCAAACGGUGUAUUAGUUGUGAUGGCAGUAAAUCGGAAAAAUUACAAAAGUUAUUCCCAACACGUGAGGAAUUUCAAAGUCGUCAUAUUGGACCUCGUGAACAUGAUAUUAUCGCAAUGUUGGAUUUAGUAGGUUACAAGACACUGGAUGAGUUAACUGAUAAUGCAGUUCCAAAUCGUAUUAAAUUAAAUAGAUCGUUAAAUAUUGACGAUCCAGUGAGCGAAUAUGAUUUAAUAAAAGGUAUUAAGGAAAUUUCGGAAAAAAAUCAAAUUUGGAGAUCAUAUAUUGGAAUGGGAUAUCAUAAUUGUUGUGUUCCUCACGCAAUUAUGCGAAAUAUUUUUGAAAAUCCUGGAUGGACAACGCAAUAUACUCCAUAUCAACCAGAAGUAGCGCAAGGUCGGUUAGAAAGUUUACUAAAUUAUCAAACAAUGGUAGCUGAUUUGACUGGUUUGGAAGUAGCGAAUGCAUCAUUACUAGAUGAGGGUACUGCGGCAGCCGAAGCAAUGUCGUUAUGUUACAGGCAGAAUAAACGAAAAAAACUAUUUGUGUCCAAUAAAUUGCAUCCUCAAACCAUAUCUGUCGUCCAAACACGUUUGGCACCACUUGGUUUAAGUGUCCAAGUUGGUGAUGUAUUUGAAGCAGAUUUAACAAAUCGUGACUUUUCUGGAAUUUUAUUUCAGUAUCCAGAUACCGAAGGAUGUGUUAAAGAUUUUACUAAAUUGGCUGAAACUGCACAUGAUCAUGGCACUCUUGUAUGCUGUGCUACGGAUUUAUUAAGCUUAACUUUACUUCGCCCACCAGCUGAAUUUGGCGUAGAUAUUGCUGUAGGUACAUCACAAAGGUUUGGCGUACCACUAGGAUACGGCGGUCCUCAUGCUGGUUUUUUUGCCUGCAACCAAUCACUAGUAAGGUUAAUGCCUGGUCGUAUGAUUGGCGUCACACGAGAUGCGUCUGGUCACGAUGCAUAUCGAUUAGCUUUACAAACACGAGAACAACAUAUUCGAAGAGAUAAAGCUACCAGUAACAUUUGUACAGCCCAAGCUUUGUUAGCCAACAUGUCAGCAAUGUUUGCUGUAUACCAUGGUCCAAAAGGAUUAAAAGAUAUUGCUAAACGUGUUCAUAAUAUGACCUUAAUUUUGAAUGCUGGGUUAAAGGAUGUUGGACAUACAGUGAAAACAGGGGUAUUCUUUGAUACUAUAACAGUGGUGCCAAAAACUUCAAUUGAUGAAAUUAAAGAUAAAGCUAAUGAAAAACAAAUUAACUUAAGGUACAACGAGGAUAAUUCAAUAGGAAUAUCUUUAGAUGAAACUGUAACACUUAAAGAUGUAACCGAUUUAUUAGAAAUAUUUGGUUGUACUAAAUCUAUUGAACAAGUUUCCGAAUUACCAGCAGUAUCGAAUUACAGUUUAAUGCAUAGUGAAUUCAAACGUAGUUCAUCCUAUUUAACACAUCCAGUAUUUAAUGCCCAUCAUUCCGAAUCUCAGAUUGUAAGAUACAUGAAACGCUUAGAAAAUAAAGAUAUUUCAUUGGUUCAUACAAUGAUACCCCUUGGUUCAUGUACCAUGAAAUUAAAUUCUACUACAGAAAUGAUGCCUUGUUCCUUUAAUCAUUUUACUGACAUUCAUCCGUUUGCUCCCUUAUCACAAUCACGCGGUUACUUCCAGCUGUUUAAGGAAUUAGAAAAGGAUUUAUGUGAAAUCACAGGAUACGAUCGUAUAUCAUUCCAACCCAAUAGCGGAGCACAAGGUGAAUAUGCUGGAUUACGUGCAAUUCAAGGGUAUCAUGAGGCAAUGGGUGAAGGGCAUCGUGAUAUUUGUUUAAUUCCAGUUAGUGCACAUGGAACAAAUCCGGCUAGUGCCCAGAUGGCGGGUAUGAAAGUUGAAGCUAUUCGAGUUUCACAAGAUGGCCUUAUUGAUAUGCAAGAUUUAAGAGCUAAAGUGGAAAAAUUUAAGAAAAAUUUAUCAUGUUUGAUGAUUACAUAUCCUUCAACUUUUGGCGUUUUCGAAGAAACUAUUGCUGAUGUUUGCAGUAUUAUCCAUGACAACGGUGGACAAGUAUAUUUGGAUGGUGCAAAUAUGAAUGCUCAAGUGGGUUUAUGCCGCCCAGGUGAUUAUGGAAGUGAUGUAUCCCAUUUAAAUCUGCAUAAAACAUUUUGUAUUCCUCAUGGCGGAGGUGGUCCUGGUAUGGGCCCCAUUGGAGUUAAAGCACAUCUUGCACCAUAUUUACCAAGCCAUCCCGUAGUUGAUCCAAUGGCUGAUUUGGGCGAUGAAGCUAAAUCAUUUGGUGUUGUAAGUGCAGCACCAUUUGGAUCAUCCGCAAUUUUGCCAAUAUCUUGGGCGUACAUUAAAAUGAUGGGACCUAAAGGAUUGCGAAAAGCAACACAAGUAGCAAUUUUAAAUGCAAAUUACAUGAGCAAACGUUUAGAAAAUCACUAUAAAACAUUAUUUAAAGGGGUUAAAUCGAAUUUGGUUGCGCAUGAGUUCAUUAUUGAUACACGUGAUUUAAAGAAAACUGCAAAUAUAGAAGCUGCCGAUAUUGCCAAACGUUUAAUGGAUUAUAGUUUCCAUGCACCCACAAUGUCAUGGCCAGUGGCCGGUACCUUAAUGAUUGAGCCUACUGAAUCUGAGGAUAAAGACGAGUUAGAUCGCUUUUGUGAAGCGUUAAUCAGUAUUCGUGAAGAAAUUCGUGAAAUUGAAGAAGGUCGAAUGGAUAUUCGAAUAAAUCCACUGAAAAUGGCACCUCAUACACAAGAACAAGUUUUGGCUAGUGAAUGGAACCGUCCGUAUUCACGGGAACAAGCUGCAUUUCCAGCUCCUUUUGUAAAAGGAGAGAAUAAAAUAUGGCCAACUGUUGGACGCAUUGAUGAUAUUUAUGGAGAUAAACAUUUAGUAUGUACAUGUCCACCGAUUUUACCCGAUUUUUAAAUUCUUUCGUUAGAGAAAAAUAAAAAUGCAAAAUAUUUUUUUAUUUCAAAU